AUGCUCCCCCAAGCUCCUACCUGCCGCCGAGCACUGCAGCGACAGGUGACAAUAUCCUCAGAUUCACAAUGGGUGUCCGACGAAGCUCUGAGCCACGCGUACCAGCGCUUCUUCGCUGUCUCGAAAACCAGGAAACGCUAUGGAAGCUUCAUACCGGGACCGCUGGAGAGUCGACGGAGGAUAGGCAAGAGGAGGAUGACCCUGCAGUCUGAAGCUCCUCAAACACCAGCAACUGGACUUGGAACCCUAUGGGCGGUGCUCUUUGGUGGAGCGGACAGGAUGGAUUGGCAAUGGCAAGCGCCAACUCCUCAGGAUAUGAAAGCGGAAGAAGCUGUGUCGUCAUUGGCAAAGUGCUUUAGGGGUUGGAGGAGCACUGCAAAGGUGGCUAUGGCGAAUCCGACAGUACCGUCGGAGUCUACAGCAGCAGCGGUUAGAAUGAGGGCUUGGAAUUUCAAGGACGAUUUUCUAACGUUUCGACGGGCGCUGAAAGAAUGCACCGCCCAGAAUCGAUCAACAAUUUGCUACGACUUUAACCAAAAACUGAAGCAAACUCUCUAUCUUGGCCUCGACUCGAAAAAGACUGCCUCUAGUGUUCUAUUGCUCAUCCCUGGAGAUAUUCGAAAAGCCUUUUCUGAGUCUGAAGACCAAGCGAAUCGACACUGCCUGGAACUUUGUCAAGCUAUCUGGGAAGGCAUAUCAGUUUGCAGAGUGAUGCAGCCGACUGACUUUGAUGCUUGGAUCAUUUCUAAAAUGAUGAUAACUCUCUCUGAGUUGAAUAUGUGCCAAGGGGUGCAGACUUUAGCAGAUCAGAUUUGGUCUGCAGUCUCUGUCCACCAACUUGAGAGAAUGAAGCCAGGCAUAGCUCGCCUAAUCGAUUCCUGGGCAGAAAGUUGGUCACGUCUAGCGGUUCCCGACUCGUGCAAGCAUUUAUUGGCUUUGGCUGAGGAGGCUGUACUGAUUGUUGAACGCCUUGCUCUCGAUAUGCAGACUUUUCUUCUAACGACCGGAAAUACUUCGUUUUCUGAAGCAGAUCUUGAAGCAGCUCGUAAAGUUCUGGAGCAGGCGAAGUCAGCGAUCGAUCGAGCUGCAGAUGCAAUUAUCAGAGCAGAUGACUUUCUUAUACCUCAGCGGCAGAGCACAUGGGCUUUGGCCAAUGCUCUCAAUAACUUACCUCAUUGGAUUCGCAAGGCCGUGAUAAUAAGCUGCUCUGCCCGCAUCGCAAACGCAAAUACAGCUUCUCAUGCACCAUUCAGUACAAUACGGAAUUGCUGGCUAUCUGUUGUUGCCAAAGUCGAUCAUGUAGACGUGACGCCAAUGUUGGCGACUAGCUGGAAAGCCUUUGAAGAAACCAACGCUGUCGCGGAAGAUGUUGCUAGCGAAGUUAUCUUUGAUCUCUGGGUCAAUCAGGGCCUUAUCGAACGGCCAUCAUUGACUCGGGUUUUCUUUGAAAUUGCCGCAGCAGAGAAAAAUCGCCGGGACUAUAGCAUCUUGUUAUUCGCUCUUGAUGCAGCGAGACAGAAUUUCUGGAGUCGGGCUAUGUCCCUUUUUAAAUUCAUUGAUAAACUUAGUCAAGAAAAGUUUGUUAGAGACACUCAACACACAGUUAUCUCUGAUACCAUCCGACGCAUGAGGGAGUUGCAGAUGCUUUUACCACAUUGGGUUUUCGAUACAACCCUCGAAAUGAUGGCAACCUCGAUGGCAACACAGCAGAAUUUCAGCAAUAUCCGCGAGACCCUCCGUUCCUUCGAAAAGAUGCGCAUCAAUGAGUUGCCUUUACGACUUCAUAGAUGCCCCAACUUCAUAUUCUUCCUGAUUGAGGAACGAAGCGAGAAAUUCAGUACGAGUUAUUUCUGGGAACAAAUCGGUAUACCUCUCUACGAAGCAAUGCCCGCUUCAUCACGAGCAAAGCAUGCCUUCGUUGACCAACGGACAACACCUCCUCUUACCCCCGCCACGAUCGGAAUCAUUACGAAAAUGGCGAUGCUGUUUGCAUUCAGCAAGCAGCUCUCAUCAAGAACGGCAUUUCGCAACGUCAUGCAAUGCGUCGUUCAUCUACGGAGACACCACGUCCCAAUCACCCCCGAGCUAACAAGGGCGAUUGUGCACGCUGGGGUCACACGUAGCAUACUGAAUAGAAGGUGGAUUCCAAAGGCGAGAGUGAGAUGGAUGCUGAGUUUAAUUGAAAUGGGUGAAGGUACGGAGGUUGCUAUGAAUAUUGAUGAUAUGAUAACUGUGUGGAAUCAACAUUUGUCAGAGAAAUUCUCGAUGCAACAUACAAUUCUUGCAAGGGAGAGGAAUGUAUUGCGUAAAUAUUUAAUUUAA